UUUAUAUAUUUUUAUUCAUUUGGCAAAUUAUUAUUGUAGAUGCCCAGAACUGUAUUAACGACAGAGCUUCCUUGUAUACCCCGUGUCAUUACUACUAAUACAGUUGCAAAAUCUAAAGUUACCAUCAGAUCUCCGCUGAGUGUAAUAGACCAAAUAAAAGAUUGGCUUUCAAAUUUUGACAAGGUCGUUUUUAAACAUUACACCCAGUUGGGUCGUUUGUUGGACCUCGACACUCGAGGCUCUUUCCCUGGCACCUUAGCAAACCAGAUAGUUUUGAGGAUGGUAGAUUUCCAAAAGAGGCAUGAGUUAUGGUUUUUGAUUAAUGGAAAACCUAUGAGGUUUUCUCUCCAAGAGUUUGCAAUAGUAUCUGGAUUGUACACUAGUGGCGGACCAACACCUGAAGAAAUGAAUGUUGUUUCUUCUGAGAACAAUUUAAAGAAAAAGUACUUCAAUGACAAGAUGUCUAUUAAAAUAGAGGACAUAGCUAAUGCUCUAGAUAGCAUAUCGAAAGAAUGUAGGACUAAGGACAGAGUGAAGUUGUGCUUUAUCUAUUUGCUCAGCGCAUUUCUAAUAAUGCCAAGUCCUGGUUCGAUAGUAGAUCUUAAAUGGCUACAGAUAGUGGACAGGCUAGAUAUAUUUGACAAAUAUUGUUGGGGGAAGCUGGCAUAUGAGAAACUAAUAGAGCAAAUCACGAAAAAAGAUAUGAAGAAUAAUCCCACUGAGAAGGAGAUUAAGUGGAACUUCUUUAGUUGUCCUUGGAUAUUUCUGAUAUGGAUUUGUGAAGCAAUGCCAAAGUUGGGCGACAUGGUAGGACAAAGAAUCCCAGGAAACCAUAUUCCUCGAUGGCUUGGUUGGAAAAUAAAUGAUAAGCAUAAACUCACAGUUACAAGAAUAUCAGAAGUAAUAGAAAAUGAUGUUGAGUUUUUUGUGCGACCUACAUUAGCUCCAACUUCAAAGGAGAAGGCAGAACUUUUUUAUGAAAGGCUUGGUUGCUACGAGGACAAUGAAGAUGACGUAAUUGAUCAGAUUUCUUCAUUUUUAGUGGGUGAUGUCAUUCUACGUGAUCCACAGUGUUCUGCGCCACAUGUGGAGCCUCCAUCUUCGAAUGUGGAGCCUCCAUCUUCGAAUGUGGAGCCUCCAUCUUCGGGUUUGGAGCCUCCAUCUUCGGGUGUGGAGCCUCCAUCUUCGAAUAUGGAGCCUUCCCAAAUCAGUCCAAUUCGUCAAAUAUCAUACUUGCAUCCAUCUUCACAGCCUCCCUCUUCUUAUGAUGCUCGUAGUGAGUUAUUGGAAUCAAUGAAGCGUUUGAUAGCCGACCAAGAAAAGUUGCACAAUGCAAGAUAUGAGGAGAUUGAACGUGUAAAUAAAGAAAGGCACGACGCAAUAAUGACAACCAUCGCCGACCAUGCUUACUUGAAUAGAGUGAGGCAUGAGACACUAUUAGAAAGAUUUGAUAUUUUGAUUGAUAUCUUUCGACCUAUAGCUGCACAACUUUCUGGAGCUGGAGGAGAAAAGACUACAAAAGAUAACCAACAAAUAAAUUUUAUUUGCAAUAACUUUAAUAUAGCUAUUUUUAUUGAUUCACCAUCUUAUGCACACUUUUUUGGAGAUGGAUUUGUAACACCUAUAGGAGAAAGGAACAUGGAGGGUGGCCAAGCCUCCACGCCUGUAGGAGAGAAGAUUGUUGAGAAUACAUCAUCUGGUUUUCCUACACAAUCUGCAGAAAACGAAGUCACCACACAGUCUCAUAUGUCUGCAAAUUCCUAUGAGACACCGCCAUCCAUUAUUUAUGAAGGAAUUACUAAUGAAGAGCCUGGUGACGAGGUAGAACAAAUCGUUCGAGAUGGUCGACCGUUGAGGUUAAGAAAACGAGCCCCAAGCUUGAAAUCACCAUUCACACCGUGGCCAAGGAAACGUCGAUACUCUAAGUUAGAACCUCCUAUUUUCGACCCUUUUAGGCAACCUAUUGAAGAUGAUGUGCAAGCAUUCUUUAGGUGGUACAAUGGCGAUACAGGUGGUACAAGUUAUAUUCGUUGUGGCCAGAUGUCACAUGAUAGAAGAUUUUUUGAGAUAUUGUUGGCAAAGCAACGAUAUAUUGAUACAUGUCGAUGA